CAAAGGCAUCAGCGACGUGUCCCUGUUAUGGCAGCCACAUGCAGCCAGACGGAGAUGCUUUAACUCUGUUUCAAGCCUGGUGACAUGCGUUGACUGAUGCCUUUCAAGAGACCUGCCACUGGUCUUGCUUUCUGUUUGUUCUACUUGAGUUCUUAUUUCACCAACAAGUAUGUCCUAUCUGUCCUGAAAUUCACCUAUCCAACACUUUUUCAAGGGUGGCAGACACUUGUUGGUGGAAUUCUCUUACAUGUUUCCUGGAAAAUCGGCUGGGUUGAGAUCAGCAGCAGUUCAAGGUCUGAAGUAUUAUCAUGGCUUCCAGCUUCUGCACUUUUUGUGGGUAUUAUUUAUUCAGGUUCCAGGGCCUUAUCUAGAUUGCCAAUUCCUAUCUUUCUUACCUUACACAAUGCUGCAGAUGUUAUAUUUUAUGGAGUGGAAGCCUCGGUGCAGAAAGAGCAGAACUCUGCCCUAAAACUCUGCAGAGUGCUGAUUCUUUUGCUGGCCGCAGGGGGGCUUCCUUUCUAUGACCCACAGUUUGAUUCAGAUGGCUAUUUUUGGGCCGUCAUACACCUACUAUGUGUUGGUGCUUACAAAGUAUUUUACAAGUUGUGGAAACCAAAUUCUCUAAGUAACUCUGAACAACAAUACAUAAACUAUGCAUUCAGUGUGGUGAUGUUGGCUUUUGCAUCCCACCCAACAGGUGAUCUCUUCAGUGCCUUGGAAUUUCCACUCCUGUACUUUUACAUCUUUCACAGCAGUUGCCUUGCCAGUGGACUUCUGGGAUUUCUUCUGACUUUACAUACUAUAAAACUUAAAAGCAGCAGCUCCUCAGGACAAUAUAUAACUUGGAAUUUCUUAGCAAAGCCUGAACCUCUGAAUCUCCCCUUAGGAGUUUUCUGUAGUGAAAUUGAUAAUAUUACGGACUUGAAACACUUUGGAUUUGGCAGGCCCAGAAUGGACUUCCGGAAGCAGUUGUUCGCAUGUUUGAAUCCCACCACUGGAAAGAAGGUUAACUUUUGCCUGAACUGCAGGAUGCAGGACAGAGGUCUUCAACUUAUGGGCCAUGGCCCACUACCGGGCUGUGGCCUCUUGGCCACCGGGCUGUGUUAUCACAGCUGGUCUGUCACCAUUCUUCUUUGAAAUUGCAGUGAAUGUACCAACUGCCUGCUGUCUUUUGCUGGCUGGAUUUGCUGAAGUCUUGCUUCUUUACAUUGAAAGGACUGGUACAUGAACACUGGCAAGUGAAAAAUGAUUCUUCAAUGGGACUCUUCAAUUUUUGCUUUAAGAAUAAACAAUUAAUGAAGACGUAGGCAAACAAGUGCAGUCUCAUGGUGGCUUUCUCAACAAUAGGUCAUACUCACAAUGAAACUGAGGCAUCAGCUCUAGGACAGAGUAGGAUUAAAUCCAUUUGUUCCUGUUUUUAAGCCAUAUCUUCUAUUAAUAGCAAUGCAUAAAAAUGGGAUUUGAUUCUUUUUUUAUAUAUAUUAUGCUAAAAUGAAUGAUCAUCACUAAGCUGGAACUUUUCUGGUACUAUUCAAACAUUCCCUACUUUUUUCCUCAGGGCCAACCUUCUAAUUGUAGUACUCUAUUCAGAUUAUUUUAUCAAAGAAUGGAAUAGAUAUCCCAACCCCCCCCCCAUGAAGCCCUGGGUUGCAGAUAUUCUGAUCUCAAGAUGUUUUGCAGAUAAACAGUACUUACAGUACGUUCCUCAUCAGCUUGGGGUGCCCAUUAUCUAUUGAAGGUAACAUGCUGUACUUUCUGCUUCCUUAUUUUCCUCCUGACACAGCAUGGCAAGAUGUCAGCUGCAAAAGUGUGUGAGAGGAAUGGAUCCAUUGGCAAGCAUCAGUACCAUACAUUCCUGGGGGGGGGGCAGUGAUACAGAUCCAAUGACCUUUCAUAUGAUCUGGCCCUCACAUGCAAUAGUGCUAUGUUUUGUUUUACUGAACCAGUGUAGAAUGCAGCCAAUAAUGUAGAUUGUUUUUUACACUUGACAACUUUAAGAUGUGCAGACUUCAAUUCCCCAGCUACAAACCUGCUGUGAGGGAAAUAUUGGAUGCAAGAAAAAUCCAACCCAACUAUAAAUGACCACUCAUAAAUAAAUGAUCAGUAACUCUUGAUAGGAUAAGCACAUUUGAAGACUUAUCCCUCUUUGUCCAACUACAUUAGUUGUGUCAACUCAGGUACACAAAAUCAUUUGUGCUUACUUCCAUACAAGACCUUCUCUCAUUGAUUCACAUACACUAAUCUGGUUAAACUGUUAACAAGAUACAUUAGUUGGGUUCAGACAAUACUCCAAGUCACAUUAUGCUUUUGUAUAUAUGAACACAGCUAUCUAUCUCCAGUUUGCCUCGGCAUGGGCAAAAUGUAAGCAUACUAGCUAAGUUAAUUUUUGUUUCCGUGGGUACAGGGUUAUAAGUAUAUUGUGAUUUGGCAUUUUUGAGCCUCGUUGCAAAAGGAAAUAAAUUUCAACUUAGUUGGAAAAGAAAUAAUAACUCAUUGGAAGGUCUUCUCCAACAUGAGUCCUUUGUACUUUUUGGCGUGGUAGAGAUAUAGAUCACUGUGAAUAUUCAAAUGUUGACUCUGUUAGAAUUGAAUGGUAACUAGCAAAGAUGUGGUUUAAUCUCCACCAAAGUAAGAGCAUCACAUUCAGUUCUACUUUCUGUAUAAAAUGAAACAAUCUGAGAAUAAAAAUUUACAAAAAACACUCCAUCCCAGAAUCUGAUGUGUGCCAAGGAUUCUGUGGAAAAUAAAAGUAAAAAUGUGGAUGAUAAUCAGCACAUCUGCAACACUAGUUACAUUGAAUGAAAAAUAAAGUGAAUCUUAUAUUAAACA